UCUGUGCUCUGCACACAACACUAUUCAAGAUGACGCUAGAUGCCAGAGAAAUUCUUAAUCAUUUGAACCAUUUAGGAUAUCGUAACAUCACAGCAGAACAGCUAAAAGAAUUUCAAAAAGAUUUGAACAAGCUCAUCAAGUUCGAUACGCGGCUGAACACGACGGAUGACCAAAGAAGCACCGACGAAACUACACCAACAGAAUCUGUAUUCGACCGUUUGCAUUCUGAAAAAACAAUCAGCUAUAAAGCAAAAGUUGUUCGACCCCCCAAGAAGGGAAUGCAAUGCGAUUUUUCGGAUAAAGAAAACCAAACAUUGGCUAAGCAUCAUGCUUCAAUCCCAAACAACGACAAACCCAGCAAAAUGUGGAUUAGACCAAAAAGUAACCAGAGCGUUCGGCGAGGUGAUCCUGUGGCCUUAUAUCAUGCGUACCAGAAGGAUUGGAACAAAUUUAAACAGAAACUACCUGGUGAAAACGAUCAUUCGGAGUUGCGAUGGAAAAUACGGACUCGACUGUUGGGAGAGUGACCCAGUACAAAUGUGCUUAAUGUAAAUGAGACAUAAUUAUACACAUUUCCACUAUACGAGU